AAUUUAAAGGUAUUAUUGUUUUGAGUUUUUUUUUGAGUGAAAACCACACAAACUGUUGACUCAAUCGAUCGAUCGAUCAAUUCAUUGGUCACUUCGGCUGUUGUGUCCACUCAUACGACCCGACGAUACGGUAAGUCAGCGGACAGUUAGUCCUUCUUCACAGGAGAAUGGCUUCACUGACUCGCAGUCGCGGCACUAAACCCAAGAGUAUUGUCUGGAAGUACUACACAACGACCGACGAGACGGUCGACGGCGGCGGAGGUCAACCGACACUUGUCUGCUGUUUCUGUGGUUCACAGUUUACGGCAUCGGUGGCCAAAAAUGCAACGAAAUUGCGGCUACAUUUGGUACGCAAGUGUACGGCCGUACCGAUUGAUAUCAAACGCAAUCUGGACGAAGACUUUGACGAUACCGACAGCGGCUGUCAAUACCAGAUGACAACCACAACGACGACCGCCACUAAUGUUGGCAAUAAUGAAGAAGUUGGAGAAGAAGAAGAAGAAAUGGAUAUCAAACACAAAAUACGAUUAGUUAUUAACAGCAAACCGACGACAACUAAUAAUACAAAAAAUACGCUGAAAAACAAAUUGUCGACAAAAGUGAAUCAAAAAUCUUAUGGAAACAAGUAUUUCAAUAACAAUGACAACAACAAUACGACCGAUGAGGAUACCAAUGAAAGGACAGCCGAUAUGUUUGAUGUCAAACAACUGUCGAGAGCUGAGCUCGAAAUGAAAGUCGAGUCGUUGGUCGCCGAAAACACGCGACUCAAUACUCGACUACAGCUGUGUCUCAAACAGACCGAUGCGUUGAUACAACUGACCAAACGUCUGGAAGAGAGUAUGAAUUUUAUGGAAAGGAUUGACUCAAUCAAUCGAAUCCAUUCGAUACGAUUUGAAGAUAUGGAUCCCGAGAUUGACAUACUUACCGAUCAAUUGACGACAAACAACGAGACGGUAAUUGAAUUGAAACAAAAGUUAAGAUCACUUGAGGUCAAGAUGUUUGAGACACAGGAGAGACAAGAAAGAAGGAGACGCUCGACAUUCAGUGACGGAACUCUAAUCUCGAAGUCUCCACGACCUCAGUCGUCGAUCUGGAAGUACUUUAAAUUUGAAGAAAACCAUACAAACGAUGGCUUAAGAGUUAUAGUCUGUAUGUAUUGUAAUAAAAUAUUUCGUCAUAAAAAUCUGAACGCAUUCAAGAGUCGCGAACAUAUUGUCGAAACUUGCGAAAAGUGUCCGCAAGAGAUCAAAGAUAAAGAAAACUAUUGGUCCGAACCUCAACCUAAAUCAAAGGUCAACAUCUGGAGUCACUUUAUAUUAACCAACGAAGAGGACAGAACUUCGGCCGAAUGUCGCUACUGUUGCCACAAAUAUCUCUACCGAAAUGCUACCAAAUGUCGACAACAUCUUGUCUUCAAAUGUCAACAAAUACCCGACGACAUCAAAGAGAGUAUUUGUAAUCAAUGCGAUGAAUCCUUUCUAAACAGUCUACCGAAACCUAACGAACCGAUUAAGACACGGUUGUCAAACAUUUGGAAACAUUACAAUACUUCCUAUGAUAUCAAUGGUAAAGAAAGUUUUUCGUGUAUGUAUUGCCAUCAAAUCUAUUCCACAAGAAAUGCUACCAAAUUUCGCCAACAUUUGAUCGACCGGUGCGAAAAAGUUCCCGACGAUACCCGAAAUACACUAUCAACCGAAUCGAUUGAGUCGAAUAGGACGUGGACACAGACUAAAGUUCCCGUUUGGACACAUUUCAAGCUCUGGGAACAGUCGGGCAAACAAAUGUGUAAAUGUAUUUACUGUGGCAUUACCUACGCCUAUAGAAAUGCAACCAAAUGUAGAAUCCAUUUGAUGCUUAAUUGUAUGAAAAUACCGGUUGACCAGAGAUUUGAUUUACGUAAAGAAGCCAAUGAGUUGUAUACGAGUGCAUUGGAGGCCAAAAAUCGUGUGACAAUUACUAAACCAAAGCAAAAGAAAACCUUAACAAAGGUUAUAUCGGCGACGGGACGUAAACCCAAGUCAAAGAUAUGGCAACAUUUCGAAGAGUUUAAGGACAGUAAAGACGAGAUCGUCCGCCGAUGUAAAUAUUGUGAACAUCAGUUCGGUUCGGGAACCAGUCGUAAUGCGACCAAAUUGAAGGACCACAUCGUUAUGUUAUGUAAAUCGAUUCCCGAAGACAUCAAACAAGAGAUUGUAGAUCACGCCGUCAAAUAUCGGAAAAUUUCGGGAAACAAAAAAGUUAUGGAACCGAUGAAAGUGUUUGAAUGUUGUUGGCCGGGAUGUGACAUGAAGUUCCCGAAAAAAUCGCGACUAUUGAAUCACCAAAAGUCGCACACCGGCGAAGUGGUUCGUGUACCGUGCGAUUGGCCGGGAUGUGAGUGGACGGGUAGGACAGUGCACAGUCUAACACUUCAUAAAUACAUACACACCGGAGAGAAACCAUUUGAAUGUGAUUGGCCGGGAUGUGAGUUCAGGACAGCUAAACCAUCGAGUCUUUGUGUCCAUAAGAUGCGACACAAGAAUCUGUUGCGCUACCGGUGCGAUUGGAACGACUGUCCCCGUAUUUUUCUGACAUCAUCGCAACUAAAGGUCCAUAAGAUGGUCCAUUUGGGUAUCAAACCGCACGCCUGUCAGUACUGUGACAAACGUUAUCCGCAACUAAACAAAUUGAAAGUACAUCAACGGAAACACCAUUUGAAUAAUAUUUGAUGUCAACAAACAAACAAAAACAAUGCAUUAAUUAUUGAUUAUUGUAUUAAUUUAUAUAAAUCAUAUCAUUUAUUAAUCAUU